CUUUCUAAUUGAUGCUAAUUAUUUGCCUCUUUUAUACAUAUAGAGGAGAUGAUAUAUUGCUCACGGAACCUUCUUGGUCCCAGGUUGUUAAUGAUUUACUGAACCCAGCAGGACAGAAUCUAAGAAUCAGGGAGGAUCUUCAGGAGUUCAAGAGGUUGUUUAGGGAAGAUGCUAUGGAUUAUGCUACGUGCACAGCUAAUGUCAAGAGGAAACGGCCUACUCCAAGAAGUUUGAGAGGUGGAAAAGCUCCAUGGGAUAAAGGUGAAGAUGAUGAGGAUGGAGAAGAUGAUGAUGAUGACUGUAUGGGAGGGCCACGAAGGCUCAACUUUAGAAACCAAAAAGAGCAAUGGCAGCAGGGUUACCAGACAACAACAAUUGUAAUUAUAACUUGUGCAACAUUACUGUACAUUAUAUGAUUAUAGUGAGAGGGAAGGAUUGGUGUGGGAGUUGUUCAAUAGUAGUGACAAAGUAGUUUGAUUAUAUGACAAUUAAAUAUUUCGAAUGAUUUGAAUGUUUGUGUCAAUGUAAAUGUAAUACAGGUUCAUAUUGUUAUAAUGUGUUUUUAUAAUUU